AUGCCGCCCGUCAAAAAGCUGACGCAAGCGCAAAAGGAGAUCCUGGCCCUGUAUAGGAAGGGUCUCCGAAUGAUCAUGACAAAAGAGCAGGAACAUCGACGAGAUUUCACCAUCUACUUGCGCUACUUCUUCAAGCAUCCAUCUUGGGGCGGCGGACUUCGAAGAAGUGACUUUUCACAGAUCGAAUACAUGCAGCGAAAAACAACAAGACUCCUCGAGGCAACCUUCGAGCCAAAGUCUGUCAAGCAUAUCAACCUGCCACACGACAUUGAGAAGGAUAUGCAAGAGCUCGGACUUGCGCAUUGGAGACGGGCCUUUCGCCAUGCCAGCUCGGCUGCCGACUCAUCGGAUUCUUCAGCCUCAACAAUACCGUCCUCGAAUUGA